CAGAGAUCUUACACAGGUGAAAAGCCAUUUAUCUGCCCUGAGUGCGGGAAAUACUUUUCAGUGAAGCCCAGUCUUCACACACAUCAGAAAUCUUACACGGAGGAGAAAUUGUAUACCUGUUCGGAGUGCAGAAAAUGUUUUUCAGAGAAGCCCUUUUCUUCAUAA